CGUAGUACAAUUCAACGAUAAGUCAGCCGCACUUUAUUUUCAAGUAAUACAGCUUAAAUGUGAGUCAGGCAUCUUUUAUUUUCAAGUAUUCCGAGUCAACGACGGGUCAAAAGACCUUUUUAUCUACAAAAUAGUGCGAUUGAACGGCAAGUUGGAGGAAUCUUUAUUUUCACAUAAUACAACUCAAUGACGGAUCAAACGAACCUCUAUUUUUUUAAGCCAAAUUGCGUCGGUCUGUCGAAAGCGUACAAUUUGCGAAAAAUACCUAACCUAACCUAACCUUUGUGUGGUUCACUGUGCACGGUAUGAACGUAGGUUCAUAUGUUCGAAUCAUUAUUAAAAAGAUGCGUUACCACGAUAUCGUAAGGUUAUAUUGCUGAAUAACACAAAACAAUGGAACUUGUAACAUUAGAGCUAAGACCACGGCUGCAAUCGUGCAAUGCAUUUAUCGCUAUGAAAAAAAAUCAAGAUUUAAAAGAUAUUCAAGUUAAACUUUCAGAAAGUAACAUAGUAUUAAUAUUCAAAGAUUAUAGCAUGAAUUUCUUGUUGCCAUUUAUAAAAAUCGUACCUACUUCUUUGUCUAUGUUAAAUGUACGGAAUAAUUGGAUUUGCUUUCGUUUACAAACGGCGCCGUUGAAAUCGGUAUAUGGAUCUUUUAGUACAGAAGUGGUAACUGAUUCAAACAAAUCGACACAGUUGACUUCCUCUUCGCAACCGAUCUUAGGAAAUAUUAAAUUGCUAUUUAAGGCGUCAGAAUGUAUCGUAUCAUGCGCUUGCUGUAAAAACGUCAUCUCAAGAUCAAUCGCUUUUAAGCGAGUUCUACCUUUGCCUGAUAUACAAUGCAGUCCAGAUGAAUGGUUUUGUUGUAAGCAUAGUUCUGAUGACGUUGUAAAGAACAUAGAAACAGAGGAAUCUGAUUAUUUGUACGGGUCUUACUUUGCUCUGUUGCAUAAAAAUAUUUUUAUAAACAGUCUACACAUAGAUGAUAAGACAUUAACCUGUGAUAAAUGCUUUUUACAUAUAGGAACACUUUAUUCAUGUGAUUUAUUCCAAAUAUGGAAUUGUUCCAUAGAUUAUAAACCUCAGAAUGACACAUUAAAUACUGUAAAUGCCACUGAUCCAUUAAAUGACUUUUUAAUAUUUAUAAAGAACUCACUGACCGGUGUAUUAGGAGAAGAGAUUAUCUUGCAAACAUCUCUUGGCAAACAAACUCAUUAUCUUCUGAUAAAACCAAUGGAUCACGAAUUGAAUUUAAUUACAGAGGAAACCUAUAAUCAGAACCAAAUAAUCUGUAACACGGAUAUAUCUAUCUCCUUACAACAGAAACGUGUUGCCAAAGUUUUAUAUAAGUAUGACACAAAUAAAAUUGCUAACACUAAUAACCAUUGGAACGUUGAAUAUCACAAAGUAGGUUUGCCUAUGAUUGAGGCUGGAUUAAAUCACUUGUUGUCAUCGACAAAACGCCUGCCUCACAAUUACAGAAAUAUUGCAGACUACUUUUUCGGUUACAUAGUACUGUGAGAGAACGUGAACUAAGAUAUUAUAGUAUUAUCACCGAACAAUGUUCAUUUUUUUUUAUAUGUUUUGCAUAUAUUUUGUACACUUAUUUUUAUACACAAUAAAGAAUUGUAUCUACUGUAUGUAUAUCUUUUAGUAACAAGUCCAGUGUACAGAAUAAUUAAUUAGAAAUAGAUUAAGUAACUUCCAUAGGUCUUGUACUACAGAAACCUAAGAAAAAUAUUUAGUUUCUUUUGUAUGUUUCUCUAGGAAUAUAAUGAGAAUAUUACUACUUUAACAAAUCUUAUUUAAUUAAGAAUUUUUAAUACUUAUGUCAAUAUAAAUCGUGUAUAUAUAUUGUAAUUAAUACUAUUAGGACGUAUUUUACAAUUUGAUCCAUCAUAUAUGUCAACAAUUUAUUCGUAAGAAAUUGGAAUGUAGAGAAACUGAGAAAUUUAUACUAUUGCGAUAGCAAUUAAACAUCAAAUAGCUGUUACUGAUAUAUUUUUCUGUGCGCAAGUAAUUCAUUUAUUUCAGAAACUCAUAUUUACGGAAUGUGAAUGUAUCACAUAACGGGAAAUGUGUAGUUAUUAGCAAGAAAUUCGAAGUUGCGUAAAAAUAAUUCUAUAAUCGGAAUAUCGCGCAUAUUAUCUAUGUCUAUCCUAUCAUAAAACAACGUUUGAGUACGAUAUGGCAUACGAUCUAUACAACGCAAUGUAUACAGAUCUGCAUAAAUUGUACAUAUAAUUUCUUUUUUUUUUUUU